AUGGUACUCCAAACUUUGCUCGGUUACCUUUCCGUAGGCCUUCAACCGAUUCCCGUAGGCGGCACUGCCCCAUCUCGCAACACGACGAAUCCUCGCUACUGUGCAGAGGAUAUUCACGAGGUGGGCUCUUGGCUCGAAUUCAACAACUCCACAAUCAUUCAGCGAUAUGGUCCCAUCGCAUCCCCACCUGCCGCGAUAAGAGACGAGCCCCAGUUUCAGCUACACUUUGCCGAAUUAAUUUGGCCUCGUGUGAGGCGGUCACUUCGGGCUGCUUUCGAGCAGCUUGUACCUGAACUUGCGACGCAACGACUCUCGCCGGUCACGUUCGAUGAAGGAAGUGCGGCGUCUAUAAUAGAUCUGUUUCGACCCGAUACUGCUUUCACAGCAGUCGGAGGAAGUGCUGCUUCGAGUCCGAAUCUAGCUCCAGGGGAUCUGAAGACUUUGGCGGAACAGCGUGAGUACAAGCAGGUCUUGGCUCAGGUUAAUUUCUGCAUGCGUCAGCAUAACGCCCGGUAUGGCUAUAUUCUGGCGGACACGGAGCUUGUUGCUGUCAAGCGUUUAGAGGGGAGUAGUCGUCUAGCGGUCUCCACGGCUGUGCCCUGGACGCGUGGAGGUGUAGGAGUAUUAUCGGUACUAUUAGCUCUAUAUUGGAUUUUGGAUACAUAG